AUGGCUGAUGACGAAAGUCCAUUGAUUCAAGUGUCCCGUCAACCGUCUACUAUUCCUGUACAAGUUAUACCUGGAAAAUCACUCAAGAAAUUCCCAUGGAAACAGUAUUCAGAGAGGAAACUAAAAUCAAAUGUUAUGACUCUACUUGCCACUAAUACAAUGGGUAGUGACACUGGUAUUCAACAAGAAACUUAUUCGGGAUCAAAAACGGUAACGAUCGAAAGUAUUGUUGGUCAAACCGGAAAAUCACAACAUGGUGAACAAUACGUUAAAAAAUCAAAUUUGAUUGUGAGAGAUCAGUACGUGAAUCCACAACAAUUGAUGGAUAAGGCAUUGAGACAAAUCAACGACUAUAAAGAACGUUUAACAACACAAUUAUUGAUACAACUAAAAAGCCAAGCAAAUAUACCACAAGCAAUUUGUAUAAUGGAUCAGCCAAAAUUAGCCGCUCAACAAGCUCAUGAUUUAUUUAAACUACCACCGCGUCCCCAGACACCACCCGAAUUACAAGGUCGUUCAAAACAACAAGAUUGGCAUGAAUUAAUCAUCAAUACAAAUGUUAAAAAAUCCGAUGAAGCUAAUACUCUGGAAGGACGAUAUGAGGUUACACAUACUAGUCAACCAUCGUCGGAUUAUUCAUAUGGAAUUCGUGGUAGACACGGCGGUCAAAAUGGUAAUAGUGGUCAAUUACAUCCGCUUAAUUCAUUUAAACGUACAAAUGAUAUUGAAACAUUUCUUGUUCGACUGUUGAACUUAUAUUUUGAUGAUAUGUUGUAUGAUUCAGUCAAAUGUAAAGCAAAUAGUCUGGCAUUAGCUGACCAUUUAAAAGACAUUUUUAAACAACUGGGUUAUGAACGUUAUCGAAUUAUUUGUCAAGUAUUCAUCGGACAACAUUUAGAUCAAACAAUUAUAUGUGCAUCACGGUGUUUGUGGGAUAAAAGUUUAGACGGAUUUUUAGAGAAAAAAUAUUGUAAAGGAACACUAUUUGCUGUGGCACUCAUCUAUUUUAUUUAUAAAGAAUAG